CCUUUAGACGCCAACAGAUCCUGUAUUCGCCUUAUUAAGUUACGGAGAGGAACCACGGACGACCCGCUAAUCUGCAACUUUCUGGUGGUGUCCUUGAAGGACAAACCGGCCUAUGACACAUUGUCAUAUCCUUGGGGCGACGACAAUAUGACCAAGACAAUCCUGGUUGAUAACGUGACCUUCGAGAUUACAGUAAAUCUGGAGGAGUUCCUGCGUUGCCUAAGGUCACCGAAUGCUGAUUUAGUAUUAUGGGCUGAUGCCCUCUGCAUUGAUCAGCAGAAUGGAAGAGAAAAGAGUACUCAAAUUGGACUAAUGGCCCAAAUAUACCGGCAGGGAAAAGAAAACCAUAUUUGGUUUGGCGAUUUUACACAUUCAUGGAAAGAUGAGAUUCUCUCGGAUCCAUUGUACGUUCCGACUUCACAAUUUACUGAAGUUAUACGCUGGCCUACAAUCGUUGACUCUUUGCGAUGGAUUAUAAGUCGCCCAUGGUGGUCUCGGGUCUGGACAUUACAAGAAGCUAUACUACCACGUGUAGAUUCUCUGGUGCACAUAGGGUCUUCU